AUGUCGUCUCUGCAGAAAUUCAAGCUUCUAGCUACUCAAUGCAGCACAGUCGCGGAGAGUCCAACGCGUAGCCCAGUCAUCCACCUCCGCCGUCGGAAAACGCUGCGUUUGCUACUCACCCGAUCACCGGAUCGGUGGCGAUUACCGUAUCAUCAUGAUUCUCCUGAGAUCCAAAAUAACGCCGAUGAAGCAACGGGAUCCAGAACCGUUUCUGUGAAGAAAAAUAAGAUCCGAUCUCGGAGUAAGCUAAGGGAGCUGUUUGUCUCUUCGCCUCCGGUGGAAGAAAGCCAACUUGGCGGCGUCGGCGAUGCGGAAAAGGAGAUGGAGAGGGAUAUAUCGGUUCACGGCGUUAAGACUAACGGAGGGAUUGGAGAAGAGUUAACAGCUAGACGUAUGGGCUUUAACGGCUCGAUUAGGCCCAUGUUAUCGGGUACACUUCGAUGUAGAUUACUUCGAAGAGCUUGGCGUCCUGUUCUUGUAACUAUCCCUGAAACAAUAAGUGAAUAA